AUGUAGAACUCUGCAAUCGCUUGAGUUCACAAAUUACGGUAUCCGAUUCCAUCGCCCUUUUCACCAUUGCCAUAACCUCAAAACCUUGAAACUCUAUUACUGUGAUAUUAGCAGUGAAACCCUUGAAGCAAUCGUUUCUAGCUGUGAUUUUAUGGAACACCUGAGCGUUUGUUCUUCCACCUCCAGUUUAAAACAGGUUCGGAUCUUUAGCCAAACGGUUAAGACUGUGGAGCUGGAAUCAUUGGAUUUGGAGGGGAUUUAUUUAUCUACCCAAUCUCUUGGUGCUUUGGUGCUUCAUUCUAUGAAAUUUCCAGCCAAAAGUUUGGUUAUCCAUGCUCCAAAUCUUAGGGUUUUUACUGCAACUCGCAAGCCCAUAACUAAAAAUCCAUACAAUUUCACCCGUCCUUCAAAACAGACCAAGAUUGCUGAAAUUCUAGAGUAUUGCACUCAUCUCUUGACACCUGUAAAUUAUAAAGCUAGUGAUCCUAUGGAAGACCCAAAUCUGUUUAAGAAUUUGAGGGAGCUAACCAUUGAUUUAGACUUGAACGAUAGAAGGGAAAUGUUGAUCCUCUGUAUCGUUCUACAACGCUGCCUUAGUCUACACCAACUUGAAAUCAACAUAGAGGAAAGCAGAAGUGAAAUAGAGGAAGCAACCAGGGAUUAUAGUAGUGUAAACAGCCGACUGCCAUAUCCAGAGACAAAGCUAUGGGAGCAAAGGGAGCUGUGCGAUUGUAUUACAUUCACACUAAGACAAGUAUCCAUUAAGGGAUUCAACGGGAAAGAUGGGGAAAUGGAAUUCCCAAGGCAUCUGAUUACGAAAGGUGCCAAGUUGGAGAGAUUAGAGAUUUGGUGCAACCAUGAUUGGUCCAGUGAAGGAGGUAAGGCAACUCUUGGUUUACUUUCACUGCCUAGAUCCUCCAUUGAUGUCUCCAUUCUUCUUAAACCGCCACCCAAUUUGUUGGUAGUUUUGGAAGAUGGGUUUCAACCCUAGAAUAGGUUUUUUUUCUCCCUUUAUGUCAAGGAUUUUCGGAUUAGUUAAGGAUUUUGC